UUACUUCCGGGUUUAGAAACCCUAACCCAGAUUGCCAACAUGGCGGAAGGUCCGAGUGUUUGCCAACGGAUCGUACAGGUGGUAUUUGAGUACGAUACGCCGAGAAUUGUUCACAUCAAGAACAAGAAAGUCGGCCUCAUCAACAGAGUUAUCCAACUGGGCAUCAUAGGGUACAUCAUUGGAUGGGUGUUUGUACACAAGAAAGGUUACCAGGACUUCGGAGAUAUCGUCAGUUCUGUGUCUACAAAACUCAAGGGCGUGGCCUACCCCAACAGGACAGACAUCGGCGACCUGGAUCGUGUUUGGGACAUUGCUGGUCUGGUGGUCCCACCUCAGCAACGAGAUGGUUUCUUCAUAAUGACCAACAUGAUCAUCACACCUGACCAGCGCACAACAACAUGUGCAGAGGCUCCAUGGAUAGGAUACAAUGUGUCCUGUACUGAAACAGACACAAGCAACUGUCCUGCUGGCCAUGUGGAACUCACUGGAAAUGGCAUGUUUACUGGGAACUGUGCUAACUUCAGCAGUGAGGUACAGACAUGCGAGAUCCAGGGGUGGUGUCCUGUCGAACAACAAGACAAUCCACCCAGUCCUGCUGUAUUAGAGAAUGCCAAAGAAUUCACAGUUCUACUGAAGAAUACCAUCUCCUUCCCCUUGUUCAACUUCACAAAGAGAAACAUCUUAGACGACUACGAUCCUGGUUACCUUAAGAACUGUCGCUUCAACAACAGUGACCCGGUGGACAAGUACUGUCCCAUCAUCAAACUGGACACAAUGGUCAAGGAGGCCAACCAGGACUUCACCGCAUUGGCUGAACAGGGAGGUAUCAUAGGUAUCUCCAUCACAUGGGACUGUAACCUGGACUACUCCUCCUCACACUGCCUCCCCAAGUAUUCCUUCACUCGGCUAGACAAGGCCGACUCUAAAGUGUCUCCAGGAUACAACUUCAGAUACGCGAGGUACUACAGGGAGAAUGGUACAGACUACAGGACCCUGAUCAAGGCCUACGGCAUCAGAUUUGAUGUGGUUGUUUCUGGGAGGGCCGGUAAGUUUAACAUCAUCCCCCUCACCAUGAACAUUGGCUCAGGCCUGGCACUGCUGGGAGUGGCUACCAUCUUGUGUGACAUUGUAGUUCUGUAUUUACUGAAGAAGAGAUAUUUCUACCAGGAGAAAAAGUACAUGAUGGUGGAUGAUGAUGAUGACCUAAAGGGAUAUGGACUCUUAGAUUCCACAACCAAAUAAGAGCUCUUUGCCAAACCAAAACAACCUGGAAAGUUGUCUGGGAAAUACGAGCAGUUGGAAGAAGACCAGACCAUCAACCAGCACAGCAAUGGAAGCUAUGGCUCGUAAACUUCAGAACUUUCGACAUCUUGCUGCAUCAGCAAUUUCUUCUCAUCAAUUGGUUUCAAUUUUGGAAGUAGUUGAAUUUUGAGUUUCAGGUUUCUUGUACCUUGUAGGUGAAGGUGUAGAUUAUGUCAUACUUUUUAAAGGACUAAGUAAUAGGUAUGGAAAAAACUCAAAAUAAGCUCUCUGAAUGAGAACUUGUAUAUGAUAUAUUAUAUGUGUGGGAUACACUAAAUCAUGAAGCGAAGGAAUGUUGGUGCAAAGUGGGUGAAUGCAAUAUAUAUAUGAAAAUAUAGAUUGAGAUAUAUUGGCAGGAAUUCCAAUAUUUGUAUGAACCUAUUGUUUGCUAUAAUUUGAACAGAGAAUUAUUCAGAAAUUUUAUGUUAUAUAAAUGGUGCAUGUGAGAUCACCGUACGUUGUCAGCAAAUGUACUUAAGGUAAAAAUAGGACAGCAGUAGAAAAGUAAACUUUAAGUCGUCCUCAGGUGAAUGUUUUCGUAUAGCAUUUUGAGAGAAAUAUGAUAUCCUUAACGCUUUAUGAACGAUCUUGGCUUUUGAUCAACAACAGAAAUGACAAAAGUAUUUUUGUAUGAAGUCCUUUACAAAUCAUGAUAAAUAAAAAGUUGACUGCACCGUU